CACACGCUGGUUCGUGUUGUCGUCUACACCGUGUCAGACGUUUAUAGCCGCACCAUUGAACGAUGGCUCCCUUCGUAGCACGUGGAAAUCACAUUGCAAUUGGAUCGGAAGAUUCCGUGUUGUAUAUAGACACAACGACUGGCAUUUUCAAAAAUGCUUCCAUACCCCCUUUAUCGGAAAGCGAUGCAAAGAACCCUAAACCAAAGCCACAAUUGGAAAACGUUAAGCCAAAGCAACAAACGGAAAACGCUGAGUCCGAGACAAUUUCACAGAAAACUAAUUCAGAAGACUAUUCUCAUCUAAACUUGGGUACUUGCCUAGCUUUAUCAUCGUGUUCCUCAUUGUUGGCUGUGUGCACUUCAGAUAAGAAUCUGACUGUCUGGAAUUUAUCCAUGAUGGAGGUUGUGAAACAGUGGAAGACAGCCCGAAAAGUUUCUUCCAUAAAAUUCAACAGUGGCAGCACUCAACUGUUUGUCGCUGACAAAGCUGGAGAUUGCUUCUGUUAUUCUCUGAGCACGCCAGCUGACCAAGGCAAACUUAUUCUAGGACAUCUAUCUAUGCUGCUGGAUGUGGUGGUUUCUGAUGACAGCAAAUUCAUUAUUACUAGUGAAAGAGACGAAAAAAUCAGAGUUUCUUGUCUGCCCAAUGCAUACAACAUUCAUUGCUAUUGCUUAGGGCAUACUGAGUUUGUCACAUCAUUGGCUUUUGUCAGACAAAACUUGUUACUCUCAGGCUCUGGUGAUGGAACAUUAAAAGUGUGGGAUUAUUUAAAUGGCAAGCUCUUGCACACUGAGAAUUUAAAGGAGCCUUCAGAUGAAGAAAUGGACAAAGCAGUCAGAUCUGUAGUAGUGCAUAAAGUCUCAGAAUCCAUGUGUAUUGCAGCUGUAUUGCUUGAUAGAGUAAAGACCAUAUUCUUAUUCAAAAUUACCGGCGAAGAGCCUACAUUUCAGCGGCAAACGAUACAUUUCCUAACCCAGCCUUUAGAAACUGCAUUUACCGAAGAGGGAAGCCUUUACGUUUUAACAGACAGCGCUACGAACCCUAUUGAAUUUCUAGGGAAAGACGAAUCGUUUCAAUACACCCUUGGAGAAUCUGCAGUAAUCGGAACUUUGUUAGCCAAUGCCAACUACCUCAAAAUCAUUCAGGAUGCCGUACGUUCCUGCAAUGGGGAUUUGAAACCUCUAUUUAAGCGCUGGUUUGAUAACGUCCAAGUUUAUCGUGAGAAAAAGCUGGAACAAUUGAAGACUCAGCCUUCGAAUCUAGACGUCACAUCUAGCCCUAAAAGGUUACGAGUCGAAUAAGUUUUUGUCAUCGGUCUUUCUAUUAACUUGUAAAUUCAAAUUAUUCUUUGAAUGUUACACACAAAAAAUUUUGA